GUUUGAAGAAAAAUUUUCCAAACAAUUGCAUCAUAACUUUUUCCAGUCGAACGGUGCGUGGUCCAUUGUGUCCGUGUGUAAACUCGCUGAAAAUGUUGAAGGCAGCCAGAUAUCUCUCCCGUACGCUGGUGGAAAACCGCGGACUGCUACCCAAUGGAGGAGCUCUGUCUAAUAAUGUGCUGGCCCGUUUUAAAUCCGACCAGGUUAAGGGUGCCGUCAUUGGUAUCGAUUUGGGCACCACAAACUCCUGUGUCGCGGUGAUGGAGGGCAAAAAUGCCAAGGUCAUCGAGAAUGCCGAGGGUGCCCGUACCACACCGUCACAUGUUGCAUUCUCGAAGGAAGGUGAACGAUUGGUUGGUAUGCCGGCGAAGCGCCAGGCAGUGACCAACUCGGCCAACACAUUCUACGCUACCAAGCGUCUGAUCGGGCGCCGGUUUGAUGAUGCGGAAAUUAAAAAAGAUUUGGCCAAUCUGUCGUACAAAGUGGUGAAGGCAUCGAACGGUGAUGCCUGGGUGCAGGGCAGCGAUGGCAAAGUAUACUCGCCCAGCCAGAUCGGUGCAUUUGUGUUGAUGAAGAUGAGGGAAACGGCCGAAGCGUACCUGAACACACCGGUCAAGAAUGCGGUCAUUACCGUGCCGGCUUACUUUAACGAUUCCCAGCGUCAGGCGACGAAGGAUGCGGGCCAGAUUGCCGGUUUGAAUGUGUUGCGCGUGAUUAACGAACCGACUGCAGCGGCACUUGCGUACGGUAUGGACAAGAGUGAGGAUAAGAUCAUUGCCGUGUACGAUCUCGGUGGCGGUACGUUCGACAUUUCCAUCCUCGAAAUUCAGAAGGGUGUGUUCGAGGUAAAGUCCACCAACGGUGACACACUGCUCGGUGGGGAAGAUUUCGACAAUCACAUCCUGAACUAUCUGGCGCAAGAAUUCAAGAAAGAUCAGGGCAUCGACAUCAAGAAGGAUGCGAUGGCAAUGCAGCGAUUGAAGGAGGCGGCCGAAAAAGCCAAAUGUGAACUGUCCUCCUCGGUGCAGACAGACAUUAAUCUACCCUACCUCACGAUGGAUGCGUCCGGACCGAAACAUUUGAAUCUGAAGCUAACGCGAGCCAAGCUGGAAACGUUGGUAGGCGAUCUUAUCAAGCGCACGAUCGCUCCCUGCCAGAAAGCGAUGUCGGAUGCGGAAGUGAAAAAGUCGGACAUUGGCGAAGUGUUACUGGUCGGCGGUAUGACCCGCAUGCCGAAGGUGCAAUCGUUGGUACAGGAAGUGUUUGGCCGGCAGCCGUCGCGUGCAGUGAAUCCCGAUGAAGCUGUUGCAGUUGGUGCCGCUGUGCAGGGUGGUGUUUUGGCCGGCGAUGUGACCGAUGUGCUGCUGCUCGACGUUACGCCCCUGUCGCUCGGUAUCGAAACGCUCGGCGGUGUAUUUACGCGCCUGAUCACCCGCAACACAACCAUUCCGACGAAGAAAUCGCAGGUCUUCUCCACCGCUGCCGAUGGUCAGACGCAGGUCGAGAUCAAGGUGCACCAGGGUGAGCGUGAGAUGGCUUCGGACAACAAGAUGCUCGGUUCGUUUACGCUCGUUGGCAUUCCACCGGCACCGCGUGGCGUCCCACAGAUUGAGGUCGUGUUCGAUAUCGAUGCGAACGGUAUUGUGCAUGUGUCGGCACGUGAUAAGGGCACUGGCAAGGAACAGCAAAUUGUCAUUCAAUCUUCCGGUGGUUUAAGCAAGGACGAAAUCGAAAACAUGAUCAAGAACGCCGAACAGUACGCGCAGGCCGACAAACAGAAGAAGGACCGCAUUGAAGCUGUCAAUCAGGCCGAAGGAAUAGUGCACGAUACGGAAACGAAGAUGGAAGAAUUCAAAGAUCAGCUGCCAAAGGAAGAGUGUGACAAACUUCGGGAAGAGAUUGCAAAGGUGCGGGAAAUCUUGGCAAACAAGGAAGAAGCCGAUCCGGAAGAGGUGCGCAAAACAACCAGUGCGUUACAGCAGUCAUCGUUGAAGCUGUUCGAAAUGGCAUACAAAAAGAUGGCAUCGGAACGUGAGGGCAGCGGCAGCAGUAGCAGUAGUGGAGGAAGCAGUAGCAGCAGCGGUUCAGAGGAAGCCGAAAAGAAGGAGAACAAAAACUAAACUAGCAAUAUCUACCUACCGUAACAAAAACGAAACACAAAGACUCACAAUUGCAACCACAUUUAUUAGAAACGGAAGUAAAAUAAUGCAGCAGUAGUUUUGAUGGAAAUCACACAAGCAGCGGCGGCGGGAAUUCGUCAAUAAAUUUGAACGUAAGAAAAAAGGAAACAACAAUUCACAUAAAUACGCGGGUGUGUGGUUAACAUUUGAAGUACUGCAUUAAUACGCCCUGGCUUUCCCGGUGGAAGAACGUUCCAUGAUCUUCCUCAAGGCCCGGUGUAAUGCUGCAGCAGCUUAUCAACGUUUUGGUUUGGUUGGCAACGGCAACGUCGUGUACACACUAUCAACCACGUGUGUGUGUGUGUGCUAGUACGUAGCAUGUAAAAUGCGUAGUUGUUAUCUGUAGCUCUUAAUCGUACCUUCACUUUUCAACCGGCGGCAGCGCUCGUUACCCCGUUCAACGUCGAUCGCCAUUUAAUGGAAGCUGCACAAACACGCAAAUCAAUACACACGUAAGGGGGAAAAUAGACCUUCGCAAAUGUGGGGUUGUAGAGCAUUUUAUUUGGGAGCGUUAAAUGGUUCAAUGGUGAAUUGCUUCUCCUACUAUUACUAUUAAAAACACAAUCUCCUCUCCCCCCCGGGUGUGGCUGGUUUAUGGUAAUGGUAAUGGUAAACGCAUGUUUGUGUUUCAUUCGACAUGGGCACAACAAAAGCUGGCCGUUAUUAAGAGUAGUAGCAGGAAACAGAAAUGUUUUGCGAAAGUAUGUAUUACAUUUUCGACUAUCUAUUUUCUGUUCUCGUUCUCGUUCGAAUGUGCAGAAUGUGUAGGAUAAAUAUAGGGAACGAAGGAAGUCAAGACAUAGUUUGUGUUUUUUUAUUUCUUCUUAGUUGCAAAAUAAAAUAACGUACGAAACAUAA